AUGAAUCAAUAUCGAGAUUAUGGCGGGUCUACUUCGCGCUAUGCAAACAGUGGCAAUGGACGGACGUUUUCCAUUUCAGACGUUGUAUUUACGUGUGGACAUACAGCACUUAAGAGAUGGCGACAGGUUUCUCCACCACGUCCUGUUAUCCCAUCGCGUCGUUCUACUUUGUCGAAUAACGCCAUCACAAAGCGCGCUAGGUCCAAGUCAAAGUCCCGUCCUCGUAUCAUAUCUCACAAUCCUACAGUGAACCAUACAAGUUAUUGCGGUCCACAAGCGUCUGAUUCGAUUAAACCUUUACGAGUAUCAGCAGCUACGGCAGCCAGAGGAAGAUCUCGCUCAUCCACCACCGGUCAACAGAAAGGCCACUCACAGUUGAUAGCCCAUGAUCAAAGCAAUCCAUCGCCUGUGUUUAAACGUACGCGGUCCAAGUCUGUAGUGCGUGGGAGAGAAGAUACGGUGACGGCCAUGCGACAGAACCAGAGAAAACGCUCCAAGUCAGUGGCAAGACGCAAUCAGAGCUCGAGACUUGUUAAUGCUAGUGACGAACAAGAAAAACGACUUUCAAGGACGGCUUCCCGUAGUGGCCAACGUAGCAGUAAAAGCGCGAGUAAUCUUGAGGAAAUUGAAGAUGCUAUUGCAGACACCGAGCACGAAUUAGCGCCAAAGAAGAAAGAGCUAGAUGAGUUGAGAGAGAAACUGGCAAAGAUGCAGAAGCUUAUUGAAGUCAAAGAGCUGGAGGUAUACGAUCUUCAGGUAGACUUGGAUGCAUUGCAAAAACGUAGGAAGAGACGUUUGCCUUCGCAUCGGAGUGCCAGUAGUGAAGAAAAAGAGUGUUCUAAGAGGUCUAGGAGCAAGAGUACACAACGUGAAAGUCAGCGAUUAAGCAGUCGACAUCGAGGUACCAAGCGCCCUUGCAUCGUGGACGAAGAAGACGACAACAGUGAUGAUGACGUUAUUAUUAUCAAUCCGAGCGAAGUAAAACGGGAACGAGAGAGUAGUGAUGCAGUAUCGAAGAGCACGGUAGUGCCAGAUGAGGACACAAUGCCUGAUCACUUUUGGGGUCGAUCUCCAACACCAAAGCUACUGGCAAAUCAUCGUUUCCGGGCAAUUCCGGACGGCAGCCUUCGUAAAGGCCGGCACCUAGCGUUUAACCCGAUUCAGCCUCAAAUUUUUGCCACAAGCCCGGACGAGGGAGGUCUUAGCCUUUGGAGCUAUCAACGUCAGGAUCAAGCUAUCACUAAGGUAGUGUCUCUGCAGCCAUCGUCAUUCCGCGAGAGUAGUCCAUGUGCGGAAGCCAUUGCAUGGAGCCCAGACGGAAACCGUAUGGCCAUGGCAUUCCGUGAUGCUCUCGAUGAAAAGGGAGAGUUUUGCAUUGUGCAGCUUCACCAGCUCAAGCUUGAAGACAGCCGCACGCCACAAUCACUUCCGCGUAACCGUAUCACGUCAAAAUGCACUACUUUACAUCCAAGAGGUAUUUCUACAAUCGGCUGGCUGCCAAGUGGAUGUGGAUCUGAGACCACUAGCGGUCAACUGGUUACUUCGGGCAACUCGGACCACGCCGUCGUGUUGUGGAAAGAACACGAAAGUUGGCAGAAUGGCGGUAUGGAUCUAAAGUGGAGCGUCCUGCACCGGGACCACCGUAAUGAAGUUCGAUCGCUUUGCGUUCAUUCCAAGCGUGAUUGCUUGUACACUGGUGGUUUUGACGGGUUGUUGAUCCGGUAUGACUUGAACAAGGGGCUUACGGAAACCGUGAUGGAACGUCGUAAGCCGAAUAUAUCUAAGAUCAACUCGGUCCUGGAACAUCCACACAACCCAAAUUUGCUGUUGGUCAGUUGUGUGGAGCAGACGAGGCACAGCUUGUUGCUGCAUGAUCUUCGUCAGCGCGAUGACGCCAAUGGAAUGACGUUGACGUGGGAGAGUGGUUCAACGAGUCAAUACGUCGUGCCGCGGUGGUCGCCUGCAGGAUAUCACGUCUCAUGUGGUAGCAAGACGGGUGUGGUGAACAUCUGGGAUGUGCGUAUGCGAGGUGACAAGUAUCCUACAGUGCAGCCGCAGCAAGCUCUUCGUGUGCACCACAAAACGGUGUUGCAUGCAACGUGGCACCCGCGCUACGACGCAAUGUUCAGCGUCUCUCACGACCGAACGAUUGGUUUGUUGACCUUCCGGUAG